AUUGAACUGAAAACACAUCUGAUAAUGUAUUUUAAACUUUUGUCAGACAGUUCAGGUCCCCUCGCUAGAAAAUUGGCAAGACGUCGAACGAGCGCCGCACCGCAAAUUUUUGUCACAUUACCGCGGCGUAGCCAGAAUUUUUCUGUAAUUUCGUGUGUAAACCAUGUCGCCGCGGCACAAUUAGAGAAUCAGCAUCUGAAACGCACCGAUGCAACAAGUGCUCUCGCACAACACACAAUCACCAAUGGAAUGCUCUCAGUGAUCAUGUGCGUUGUUUAUCUACAGACAGUUCACUCUAGCUUGUCUAAUGUGACCGAUAACAGCCGCUUUCGGGAAUAUUUUUCAUUCAAGAAUCCCAGGUGGUCACGUGAGUUGAGCGAGUGAGGCUUGGCAGGUGUAUAUCGUAUUUUUAGUGUGCCGUGAAGUCUAUUUACGAGAGGUAUCGUGCUAACUAAUAAAUGAGUGACACUUGACCGAAGUUAAAUUGAUAACAUCGAGAGUGUGGCGCGAUUCGAAGUUUCGUGGUGGGAGAAAUUAACUACGAGACUAAUGUACUGCCAGAUUCAGUUGGACAAUUACAAUGGUACAUAUCACCCAGGCAAGUCAAUAAAGGGCAGAGUAGUUUGCACCUUUGACGCAGAUGCAGAUGUAAAAGCUGUAACUGUAAAGUUGCUAGGAGAUGAACGCACAGAAUGGAAUGACAAAGAAGAUUAUUUUGAUAGUGCGGAGCAGAAAAAGAAAAUUGAUUCGGUUUGUUACAGCGGAUACAACAAUUUUCUGACUUUCCAACAUAAUUUGCCAAUAAAAGAUACAUUCAAUGUAGGUCGUCACGAAUACUCCUUCAGUUUCGUAUUACCUAAAGAGUUACCUGGAAGUUAUCAGAACGAGUAUGGCUAUAUUAGAUACUACAUUAAGGCUGAAGUAUAUACGACGACAGAUUCAGAUUGUGAAGACGAAAGGGAAAUCGACAUUAUGUCGCCGAUAGAAUUAGCCAGUUUGCCACAGGACGCGGUACGAUUAGAAGAUAAGGAAGAUAUCACUCCUCAUUGCUGUAUCAAUGGUGGCUCAGUUACAAUGCAACUUGAGCUGAAGAACAAAACGUUCGUCCAGACACAGACGUCGCGAAUGAAGGUUCACACAUACAACAGUUCGGACGUGAAAAUAGAAGCCAUAAAAGUGAAACUGAAGAUGUUCAUAGAAACGAAAGCCACCCAUCCCAAGACGAAACGCAAGACAAAUGAAGAGCUAAUAGCGUACGACUUCAUACAAAACAUUGGCGGGAAGGGCGAGCGUACAUUUGACUUCGAACUGGACAUUCCAAGUACUACCGUGAUACCUAACUUUAAGCUGUGCUCUUUGUUUAUCUGCUGGUGUGUACUCCAUGUGGAAGCUGUUUUGGGAAGAUGUCAAAAUAACCUAGAAAUACGAGAGGAAGUGAAGUUGGGGCAUUUUCCAAUAGAACGCGAGAUGAGGAGACACAACCUCUUGUUUAAAAAAAGAACUUUGCGAUUGCUUCCAACAAAGAAUCUUCCUACGCCGGGAUUACCAUUGUCCUCCAUAUCUGCCAUAUCACCACAGGACACUUUUGAAUCUGUACGACCACUACACCAGAAACAGGCUACUCUUAUGUCUGGACCAUCGAUUGGCUGGCAGAGGUCCGCUUCUAUCGACGAAUCACCAAUAUCUAUGGAAAUGGAACCUCUUCUACCAGAACGUAAAAAAGAGACGAUUGAAGCUGUUGUGUUAGCAUCUAUGGGAUUUCCAAUUUCCACUGCCGCUAAUCAGAACCAGAAUGACGAAAAUGUUGCUCCCACUGAGAAGCUUUUGAAUGGUAAUUGAUAUACGUAUGCAUCAGACUCCAUUCCAAUUCCAUUAUUAAUGUAUAGAAAGUCACAAAAUGCAGCACACGUAUGAUGUUUGUCAAUCCGCUGCUUUACUAUUAACAUUUCCGUUUAAGUCUCCUAUAUCACUAACUUGCACAACUUAUGUUUCAGGGAAAUAGAUAAUACUAAGAAAACACAAAUCGCUACUAUUCUAUUGUAAGAUAGAGAGACUAAAAAGCUCCAUUACUUUGGAAAUCGAAUUGUACCUGUAAUUCGUUUUUGAUCAGGAUCAACCCUAUAAUAACCCAAACAUUGUAACUAUAGCAGAAACAAGAUUAGAAUACUGGAACCUGAAUCGUAUUUGUAAUUUAUUUUUGGUCAGAAUAAGUCUAUGAGGUAACUCAGAAAUUGCAACUAUAGGAAUAACGUUGAUUAUAUUCUUUACUGUUGUUAGUAAAAUAUUAAACUUUUAAAAAAUUAUUUUUCUCCAAUUUCUUUCACAUCUUAUGACAAUGAUAUUAGUUGAACAGGAUCUUAUAAAAGACAUGUAUGUACUAGGUAUCAAACAUUUAUUAACUUAUGUAUCUCAUCAUUUUGUAUUGCAGCUGUAACUUUACUGUAUGUAAAUCUAUUAUACCUAUUUUCUAAUUUAAUUUUUUGUUAAUAUGUGAAAGUAUUCAAUAAACCUGUAAAUAUUGGCAGAGUAUUAUUAUAUCUUUACUAUACAGGGUGUUUCGGAACCAUGGGAUAAAACUUGUAGGGGUUAUUCCGUGUAACAGUAGAAAACAUUUGCGUAUAGGGACC